UGUCGCGUUACUCCCUCCUACAGAACAGAACAUUCAUCUGAAACUCCCUCGAGCAACUUCAUAGCCGGAGCUCGAUAAUAUCAUUAAUGCAGCUGAACGCAGAGUCACACACCGUCUGAUAAUGUGGAAGAUGUGCGGGCUUCUGAUCGGCUGGACUCUGCUGCUGCUCACACUGCAUGUCCGAGCACAGUCUCAAAACAGACAGACCUUCACAUGUGGUGGGAAUAUAACAGGAGAGUCGGGUGUCAUCGGUAGUCAGGGUUAUCCUGGAGUCUAUCCACCCAAUACCAAAUGUGUGUGGAGAAUUACAGUACCAGAGGGCAAAGUGGUUGUCCUUUCAUUUCGUUUCCUGGACUUAGAGAGUGACAACCUGUGCAGGUACGAUUAUGUGGAUGUUUACAGUGGUCACGCCAAUGGACAGCGCCUCGGCCGCUUCUGUGGCACGUUCAGACCGGGAGCCCUCAUUUCCACUAGCAAUAAAAUGCUCAUACAGAUGCUAUCCGAUGCCAAUACAGCUGGCAGCGGCUUCCUGGCUGUGUACUCUGCUGCCAACCCACACGAACGCGGAGAUCAGUACUGUGGUGGCAGAUUAGUAAAGCCGUCGGGAACCUUCAAGACUCCAAACUGGCCUGAGAAAGACUAUCCUGCUGGAGUCACAUGUGCUUGGCAUAUAGUGGCACCAAAAAACCAGAUUAUAGAGGUGAAAUUUGAGAAGUUUGAUGUAGAGAGGGACAACUACUGCCGUUACGAUUACGUAGCAAUUUUUAAUGGUGGAGAAAUCAACGAUGCUAAAAGAAUAGGAAAAUACUGUGGAGACAGCCCUCCAGCGCCAGUGUUCUCGGACGGAAAUCAACUCUUCAUUCAGUUCCUGUCUGAUCUCAGUUUAACAGCGGAUGGUUUUAUUGGUCAUUACAAAUUUAGACCCAAGAAAUUUCCUGUCACAACGGUUCCACCCACCACAACAGCACCACCCACUACCACCAGACCUAUAUCUUUGAAGUAUUCCACAGCGCUAUGUCAACAGAAAUGCAAACGAAAGGGAACCCCUGACAGCCAUUACUGUUCCAGCAACUUUGUGAUCACGGGAACGGUCAUCACCGCAGUAACACGGGGUGGUAGCAUGUACGCCACUAUCUCCAUAAUCAAUGUCUACAAGGAGGGAAACCUUGCCAUCCAGCAGGCUGGCAAAACCAUGAGCACGAAGAUUGUCAUCCUGUGUAAGAAGUGCCCAUAUGUCAGGCGAGGUCUGAACUACAUCUUCAUGGGUCACGCGGAUGAGGAGGGCCGUGGAAUGAUCGCCCCACAUCAUUUCAUCAUGGCUUUCAAGGCCAAGAACCAGAGAGCCUUCAACAUGCUGAAGAGCAAACGCUGCUGAGAUAUCAUAGACUCACUCAGUCUCUGGAUUCAUACACAGAUGUGUGGUGUCUUUAUUACCACCCUGCAUGACCCAGCUUCCUUCAUCACCUUCUUCAGUGGAGGAUGAGGACUGUUGAAGCACAUGACAGACCUCUGGUUGGGCUUUCUUGAUCCUACUAAUCUUUAUACUGUUUUGAUGAAAAUUAAAGGGAUGAUUCAACCAAAAAUGAAAAAUCGCUCAUCAUUUACUCACCCUCACGCCAUCCCAGAUGUGUAUGACUUUCUUUCUAUUGCUGAAUACAAACAAAGAUUUUUAAAAGAAUAUUUCAGCUCUGUAGGUCCUUACAAUGCAAGUGAACGGUGACCAGACCUUUCCAGCUUCAAAAAUAACAUAAAGGCCACAUAAAAGUAAUCCAUAAGACUCCACACGCGCUAUGUCUCCGUGGUAACGCACGCAACAAGCCACGUGAUAAGAUGCAGGGAUUGACGGUCUCAGACGCUGAGGCAACUGAGUUUUGUCCUCCGCCACCCGGAUUGAGGCGAGUCAUUACACCACCACGAGGACUUAGAGUGCAUUGGGAAUUGGGCAUUCCAAAUUGGGGAGAAAAAAAAAAAGGACUUAAAUAUUGAUCUGUUUCUUAAUGCUGCCACGUACUUUUUUUUUUUCCUUAGUUAUGUCAUAAACGACAUCUUUUCUCGUAAUAAUGAGAUAUUAUGUCAAAAACUACAUCUUUUCUUGUAAUAACAAAAUAUGAUGUCAUAAAACUUUAUUCAUUUUUCUCAAUGAGAUAUGUCAUAAAACAGCAUCUUUUCUCAUAAAAAGGAGAUAUUAUGUUAUAAAAACAACAUCUUUUCUUGUAGUAACGAGAUAUUGUAAAAACGACAUCUUUCUCGCAAUAACGAGAUGUCAUAAAAAUUACAUAUUUUCUAGUAAAAACAAAUUAUGUCAUAAAAACAACAUCUAUCUCACAAUGAGAUGUCAUAAAAAUUACAUAUUUUUUCUCGUAAAAACAAGAUAUGUCAUACAAACGACAUCUCGCAAUAACGAGAAGUCAUAAAAACAACAUCGUUUCUUGUAAUAACGAGAUAUGUCAUAAAAACGACAUCUUUUCUCGUAAUAACGAGAUAUUAUGUCAUAAAAACAACAUUGUUUCUUAUAAUAAUGAGAUAUUAUGUCGUAAAAACAACAAUUUCUUGUAACAACGAGAUAUGUCGUAAAAACAACAAUUUCUUGUAAUAACGAGAUAUUAUGUCGUAAAAACAACAUCGUUCCUUGUAAUAAUAAGAUAUUAUGUCGUAAAAACAACAUCGUUUCUUGUAAUAACGAGAUGUCAUAAAAACGACAUCUUUUCUCGUAAUAACGAGAUAUGUCAUAAAAACAACAUCGUUUCUUGUAAUAACGAGAUAUGUCAUAAAAACAUCGUUUCUUGUAAUAAUGAGAUAUUAUGUCAUAAAAACGACAUCUUUUCUCGUAAUAACGAGAUAUGUCUUAAAAACAUCGUUUCUCGUAAUAACGAGAUAUUAUGUCCUAAAAACGACAUCUUUUCUCGUAAUAAUGAGAUAUGUCAUAAAAACAACAUCGUUUGUUGUAAUAACGAGAUAUGUCUUAAAAACAACGUUGUACGACAUAUCGUUAUUAGGAGAAAAGAUGUCGUUUUUACGUCAUAUCUCAUUAUUGUGAGAAAAGAUGGAGUUUUUGACAUUAUAUCUUUAUUACAAGAAAAGAUGUCAUUUUUAUGACAUCUCGUUAUUAUGAGAAAAUAUUUUGUCUUUGACAUAUCUCGUUAUUACAAGAAAAGAUGUCGUUUUUACUACAUAAUUGAGUGAAAAAAUAAUAAGUACAUGGCAGCCUUGCACCACCGUAGUUUCUGAUUUUUGGACCUAUAUAGGUUUGGCCACCAUUCACUUGCAUUGUAUGAACCUACAGAGCUGAAAUAUUCUUCUAAAAAUCUCUGUUUGUGUUCAGCACAAGAAAGAAAGACAUACACAUCUGGGACAGCAUGUGGGUGAGUAGUUCUUGCUGCCAUUUUAAAGGGAUAGUUCACCCAAAAAUAAAAAUUCUCUCAUCAUUUAAAGUUAAAAAGGAACAUUUGUUCAUUUUUACUCAUACCUCAUGACAUUCCAAACCUUUAUCACUUUCUUUCUUCUGUGGAAGACAAAAGGAGAAUUGUUUAAGAAUUCCAUGCAAAGACAGUUCAUAGUUACGAUGUCUGUAAAAAUGAAUCAAAAAUUCUCAUUUUAUGUUUCAUGGGGAAACCCCAAUAGAAUUUGGGUAUAUAGCGUAUUUCAUUUUUGGGUAAAUUAACCCUUUACACAGAGAGAGAUUGAGUAUCCUUAUGGCCUAGUAAGACAUGGCACAGGUAAGAUUUUUGGCACAGUUUACAAGAUACUUGAUUUUCUCUGAGCUUCCUUUGUGUUGUCUAAAAGGCAAUAAUCUACUAACAUCUUUUUGCUGUGUUUUGGAAUCAUGAUGGAUUUAUGUUACAUUUUGUCUAUAAAAUAUUUUCAUAGAAAUAUUUCCCAGUGGUGAAUGUUAAUUUAUAACUUAUUUGUUUUAUGAGAGAGAAAUAAAGUCCAUUUAUCAGUUUUG